AUGAGUUCCUUCCUCCUCGCGGACGCCGCCCCUUGCUCGUCGUUGCCCUGUUCUUCUCUGGGUGGCUCUUUGCCCGCCUUUUCUCCAAAUCUACGUGCCUACGGCACCACAGUUGCAUACCCUUCCUCUGCGCGCUGGCGCAGGGUGGCGCUUCGAGUCAGAACUCCCUCGGGGGCCACCGGCGGUAGUAGCGCUCUCCUGAGCAAUAACUCUGCGCAGGUAAUUCCUCGUCUUCCGCGGGAGUCGCCCCGUAAUUGCCUUCUCUCUUCCAUGCUGGAGAAUACGGUUUGUCUCUGAUUUCCUUCUGUACUUCCGCUGGAUCUUGGCUUCUCCCCCUUUUUUCAGUGAGAUAAUUGCGUUCGAUUUCUGAGCAUCUCAAUCCCCAGGGUUUAGCUAGUUUCUGCCAUGGUAAAACAUCCUAGAGAGAGAGAGAGAGAGAGAGAGAGGCAUGGUUCAGAAAGGGUGAUGGCUAACCCCAAUGGUUUCAUAUGGGGAUUUGGAGAAUAUUGUGUUGAAAAAAGAACCUUGCCCAUCUGAUUUCAGUCAACCAAAGCAGAGCCCCCUUGUGAUCUCCAAGCUUUCGGCCUUGAGGUGGAGCCUGUUGAGCUACUCAUGACAGAUCUGAAAGUCAAUUGAUCCUUUAAAGAAUGUCCAUUGCUGGGCCCACAUCGUUCAUUCCCGUUGUUCAUUGUGCGCUGUCUAUCUUCUAAAAAAAUCAUACUAAAGCAGCUGACAAGCUGUUUGCUGCCGUGAUAUCUGAUCAAACCUCCCUUGCUCCUUCGUGCCUUGCUCAUAUGCAGGCCAAUAAUGACAUCUACAGAGUAGGUGACUUCAUGACCAAGAGAGAAGAGUUGAAAGUUGUGAAGCCUACGACAACCAUUGAAAGAGGUGACCACAUCUUCUGGUUUAUAUAUUUGAUUUUUUGUGUAAUCAGCUGCUAACUUAUAUAUCCCGCUGUCUACAGCCCUGGAGAUCCUGGUGGAGAGCAGAAUAACUGGUUUCCCAGUGAUUGACGACGAUUGGACACUGGUGCGUGCUUCUGCUUGUUUUCCUUUUUUUUUUUUUUUUUCAUGUCAUUCAUUCCUUUAAAUGUUUGACUAGAAAAAGCUAUUAUAUCCGUCAAAAUAAGCCUAGUGAUUCUUCUAAGGUCAUCUAAGAUCUCAUUCUUCACCGUAGAUUGGCAUGUUUUUUCUUCCUUGCUCCUUCCAGCCAUGGGCAGAGUUCCUCAUAUAUUAAAACAUCAGACAUCACUCUUCUAGUGAAUGUAAUUAUCAUUUCAGGAACAUUCAUAAAUUUCUGUAAGUCGUAUCUUUUCUAAUGAUGAAUCAUCUGCUUACCGAGUGGGUUUUAAUCUCCAUGUCUCCAGGUUGGCGUGGUUUCAGACUAUGAUUUACUUGCCCUGGACUCCAUAUCAGGUACUUCACCCUAAUGACUCCAUCUCUCGUGCUUUUACUUAUUAUAAUUUAUUUUUAUUAUUAUUUUGACACAUUUCAUUCCUACUAAGAGGGUAGCUCUCUCAUCUUUCCAUGGAUGUGAGCUUGCACCCCCAGAGAAGCUACAUGAUACACUGUCAAUAACACACAGGUCCAGAGAAGCCCAGCUAGUCGUGCUGAUUUGUCUGAGUGACUGCAAUCCCAUCGGCCUGGGUUGAGUAGAAAUGAUUUUUUAGACUUAUAAUAAAUGUUCUAUGAAAAAAAAAAUAUAAAAUACCUUUUUUCAAGGGCUGAUUGAGAGGACAAGGCAUCUAAAUUGGCUGAGAACCUUUAAAGGGUCCCCAGUUGACUAAUAUCAUAACGACAUUAAUUACCACAAUCUAUAGCCGAUGUAACAUAAGCUGCCUGUCUCUGAGCUGGUCAAACUCAACGGAAACUUUGUUGACAUCAUAUUGAACCCAAGGAUCGGUAUUCAGGAGAAAAGAAUUUAAUGAAUGCUCAAGCAUGCAGCAGGAAUUGAUGGAAUUCUCAUCAGGAGAAAAGACAUUCUUUCUUCACCUGAUUUUUUCAACUUUGCAUCUCUUUGUGAUUUUGACCUUUUCCUUGCUGCAUCUGUUGUUGAUUAGGUACCAGGAGUGAUACUGCUUUGUUCCCUGAAGUCGAUAGCACUUGGAAAGUAUGUCUCAUUCUUCCAACCACUUGUCUUUAUUUUUCCUGCUUUUGAACUAUCUCUGACAGAGGAAAGCUCAUCCUUGACGGCAUUGCAUCACCUGAAUUCAUUCUGAAAGUCCAUUUUUUGGGUUGUUUUGAUGCAUACGAAGUGCAUAUAUCCGCUAUCUAAGCAUAUCAUCAACCCGGGAACUGGCCAUCUUCCCUGUCAGUUGCUAUGAUUUGACUAUAUUAUUAUAAAAAUCUCAUUAUUUAUGUGAACUAUUUGUCUUGGCAUUGUCAGAAACGGAGUUUGGUAACUCCAUGUCUCCCCCUCCAUAUGUGAGCUCAAUUGAAAGGGAAUUGAAAUGUGCAUCAUUCAAAAAUAGGACUUUCAUGCUUCCUCAUUUAGUCAACCCACUAUUGCCAAGAUCCCAUCUAACUAUCUUGCUUGAUGUACGACCCCAUAUUCAUCAUCCUUGCAGACAUUCAACGAGAUUCAGAAGCUGCUGAGCAAAACAAAUGGGAAAGUCAUAGGAGACUUAAUGACGCCCGCCCCUCUUGUUGUGAGGGAGACCACUAAUCUCGGAGAUGCCGCUAGGUAUUGGAGUCUUUCACUUGAGGAACACAAAAAAAAAAAAAAAAAAAGUAGCCCAUAAGAGAGAAUGCUUACCUUCACACGGUUCCUUCACAGGCUACUGCUGGAGACUAAGUACCGCAGGCUUCCUGUUGUUGAUAGCGCCGGUAAAUUGGUAUGAUCCAUGUCCCAACCCAUAUUUCUGCUUUCUUCAUUCAAGCCCUCCUUCCCUCUUCCUGAGUUGUAGAUCUCCUGCUCUGUAGGUGGGGAUCAUCACCAGGGGCCACAUAGUGAGGGCGGCCCUCCAGAUGAAGCGCUUGUCAGAUGGGAGGACUCUGUCCUAG